AUGUCCGGUUUCUUUUCGACCCCAUCUAAAGAUAUACAAGAACGCAAAAGUGAGAAUGAAACAAAUCCAGUAAAUAUUCUUAACACCAAUAUGGAUCUUUUAAUGACGCAAGAACCAUCACUAGUUCCUGAAACAACGAAAGAAAAUUUACAGGAUCAGCUUAAAUCACUACUAGAGGCACAAUUCAACAUGCUAAAACAAGAUAUGCUUAAGAGUCUUGAAGAUAUAAAACAAGAUACUAACAGAAUUGCUAUAUCAGUGCAAGCCAUGGAAAAAAAACUUGUCUUGUUUGAUAAUCAAUUAGGCACAGUUAAUGAAACAGUGCAGUCAUUAACAAAUAAAACUCUAAUUUUGGAACAUAAAAUAGCAGCUCUAGAAGACAGAUCAAAACAAUUUAACUUAAGACUUAGAGGAAUACCUGAAGAUAUAACAACGGAGAAAUUAAAAGACUAUUUAUGCAGCCUAUUUAAAGAAGUCUCUCCUGAAAUAACUGAUUAUCAAAUAGAAAAAUUCCAUGGGAUACGAAAACCUAAUAUAAUUGUAGCACAUCUCCCAAGAGACGUUAUAGUGAGCUUCUGUUCACUUUCAGCUAAAAACAACUUGAUUAAAGCCAGACGUAUUAACCCUUUAGAAAAUUCUGCCUACAAAGAUAUAUAUUUUUUGCAAGAUCUAUCUUAUUUUACUAGAACAUGGAGGAAGUCUUUCUCAACUCUUACGGAUUUUUUGAGGAAAAAUGACAUUAGAUUUCAGUGGAAUACUCCGGCUUCCUUGAAAUUCAUUUGGAGACAAGAAAGACUUUCCUUCACUGAUUCGGAUGAAGCAAAGAGUUGGUUAGCAAGAAUUCAAAUAUGA